CCCCCCCUCCCUCCUGCUCUCUCUAAAUGACCUUUCUAUUAGUUAGGACAGCUUUAAUGUCAGUGUGAUAUCAUAUUGCGAGCAUGUAAGCUUUAGCAUUUCAGUGAGUAGUCCUCUUCUCAUGCAACGUUGUUCAUUGACAGGGGCCUAGGCCAGUAAAACAUGGUAAUCACCAGUUUAAUCUCGAGCUCUGCUCUGUCUCUCCAGGCUUCUGAUCAGUUCAGUGGCUGUUGUCGCAAGCUUGAAGUCGUGAUCUCUGUUCCAAAAAUAAGUCUGUGCCACCAUGCCGAAGGAAGAAAAACAAGAAGAGUCUUAUUUUUAGGGUCAUUAAUUUUGACCACGUGCCCUGAAGGUAAACUGGAUGGCCACUGGGCAAAAGCCCCCCAUCAGUAUGUCCUACGAAGCCAGCACACACUGGACGUUGACGGCGCUGGUUUUCUUUGGGUCCCUCUGUGGGAUUGUGUCACUGUAUCCUAUCUCAAAGAGGACUAAUGUCAUUUUAUUGGAGGAAACAUGGGAGAACCUUUUCGCUCGUUCCAUUUUAGGGAUCUCCGGGGAGAAAUCUGACCUGAACUGGGAGAGAGACUAUUUGCUUGGUAUCAAGAGAGUGCGGAGGCUGUACUGCAACGUGGGUAUCGGGUUUCACCUUCAGAUCCUCCCAGACGGCAAGAUAAACGGCGCACAUAAUGAAAACCAGUACAGUCUAAUAGAGAUCUCAGCGGUAGAGCGAGGAGUCGUUAGCUUGUUUGGGGUGAAAAGUGAGCUGUUUGUCGCAAUGAAUAGCCGUGGGAGAUUGUAUGGAACGAGAGUCUUCCAAGAUGAAUGCAAGUUCAAGGAGACCCUGCUGCCCAACAACUACAAUGCUUAUGAGUCUUCCCUACAUAGGGGAUGUUACAUCGCUAUUAGACAAAAUGGGCGCCUGAAGAGAGGGUCCAAGGCCUCCAUCACCAUGACGGUUACACACUUCCUACCACGGCUAUGAGCUUUACUUACAUGGUGUCACUAAUUUGCACAUUUGAGUUCGAGGAAAAUUGAAAAUCCACAGAACUUCAGAAGAAAGUGAUGACCUAUUAUUCUGUUUACACACAAACAAAGACAUACUUUCUAAUUUCAUCAACAGACUUUUGUCAGAUCUUUAUGCAUUUCAUUGUCUAUGCUACCUGUAGUUUCUGUUAUAAUUAUGUAAGGGACUUCUGUUAUUCUUGUUAUGGCCCAUGACUUUAAAUGGGUGCUUACCACAACAGGUGCAAAUUAUACCAUGUCAUUGGGAUGACUAAUAUCCUUGGCUUUUAGGAAUGACAUUUCAGUGUUUUAUUACCUCAGUGUGCAUGAUGGUUUCAGAGAGAGAGAGAUGCUUGUUUAGAUGACUACGCUCAUCAUUGUCAUUGUCUUGUGGGCGAAACUGAAUUUAGUAAAGUGAUAUUCACGUUGUGAAAUUAGGGGGUGCCUAAGUUUCCUGAUUGUGGUGAUGCAGCAAAUGUACUUAGGGAAAAAAUAUGCAUUGCUUGCAAGUCAUGGUUUAUGGUAACACUCCAAAGUGUACUAGCCUAAUUCCUAGAAGGCCUGGGGUAUCUUUAGUUUAUUUCCUUCUGUAAUUAGAUCAAUGACAGUUGAAACCCUAGAACCGAGAAUUUACAAAGCAGUCUGCAGCACCAGGAUUGAUUAAGCAUCCAAUGUAAAUGGAAAUCUGACAUAUCUGACCUUUUCUCAUAAAGUUGCUGUAUGUGACCUGUUUAACUGCCUCCAUCUAAACCGGACUGCCCUUAUUUGCAAAACAUGCUGUAGUAAACCACCCUGCCUUUUAAGGAGGAGGCAGUUACACGUGGCAAAUAUUAAGAAUCCUGACUAUUGUUAUUAUUGUUUUAUUUUUGCAGAUAAUUUACGAUCAGCACAAGACACUAACCAGACCCUAUUCCAGUGAUUACAGGGAUAGUGUGAACUUCAUCUGCAGACCCAUUCAUGAUAUGCCAUCAGAAGGAAGGCACAGUGUGUGUGCAUCUUUUAUUCCUUUCUUCGGGAGAUCUUGCUGCCUUGGUGCUUGUUUACAGUUUCACGCAUUAAGAAAUGAGUUUGCACAUGAUUGCAUGCUGCUAAAGACAUUAAUAGUAUUUUUUGGCUGUAGUAUACAGUUGUACCUAAAUAGCACUUGAACAUUACAUUUACCUCAUGUCAGAUAUUUGUUACAUAUUUGAUGAUUUUGGACACUGGUGCUCCGUACUGUUUGGGUGAGCACUUGUUCUGGAGCUCUAAGCAAGAAGGUAACUCACUGACUGUUGGCUUCACAUACAAAUUUCUUGGAACUGAUACAAAAAUAGAUUCCCAGUAGUCUUCAGACCAAACCAUUCCCCUGGAGAUGUUUUCUAAUUGUUUGGCACUGGGAGCAAUGUUAAAUGAUUAGUGUAAACUCUCAGUAAGAGCUGCAGAGAGCUCAUGAGCCACAGGUCCCACUUGCGGUUUAAGACUGGUUGCGGUUUAAGACUGAUUGCGGUCAAAAUAGUAUGUUGUUUCCCAUUGACAUAAUGUCAACAUUAUACUUUUGAAAGCAGUAUUUUAAGCUCGCCAUUCAGACAUCUAGACGUAUGCUGACAUAAAAACCUCCCUUCACAUAUUCCUCUCUCUAAAAUUGUGUAUCAGAAAUAUUGUGUGCAAUUGUUAUUAAGUUUGUCUUACAUUUUAAUCAAAAAUAAUUUUGAUGUAAGGACAUAUUGUAUGUCAUGAAGUCUUUCUUGCACUCUAAUAGUUCAUUGGGAUGUUACUGGAUAGUAUUCAUAGAACAUGAUUCCUGCGACAUUAAAUCUGUUUUGUAAGACAUUAAACGCUGUGUCUGACUAUGGAACAUCCCCUCUGCAAAAUACUGCACAAGGGUGUCUCACCAGAACUUGGCCCCUUCUCCCAGAAGUACAAUCCUGCACUGAAGGGGCUAAUGCUUCCUCCAAUGCCCCUCCUCUUUUUGGCCCAUACCUCACUUUCUUCCUUAGUUCUGAUCUGCUAUCAUUAUGGGCAACACCUGCUGCUUCCAACAAUUGUGUAUUUUUGGGGGGAAAAUAGGUACAUAUAUCGCAAAUGUUUUCCUUUUAUUUUUGUACAUAUGUGCUGUGCACAAGAGAUAGAUGUAUUGAAGGAAUCAUUAAAAAUGUUGAAGCUGUAUGUUUGUUGUAUUUUGUGUUCAGAUGCAAAUCAUUGUUCAUUCACAUUCAUCAUCAGCACAUUAA